CUAAUCCCGAUACUCGUUAUUCUGUCUGGAAUUCUUGCCGGUCUAACCCUCGGCUAUAUGUCUCUCGAUGAGACGCAACUUCGAGUCCUCUCAGUAAGCGGCUCACACAAGCAGCAAGAAUACGCGCAAAAGAUACAGCCAAUUCGCAAGAAUGGCCACCUGCUCCUGACUACUUUACUCCUUGGAAAUAUGAUUGUGAAUGAGACCCUUCCAGUCCUUAGCGAGAAGGUUCUAGGUGGCGGCCUUCAAGCCGUCAUCGUGUCCACUGUCCUCAUUGUAGUCUUUGCUGAAAUAAUCCCUCAAAGCCUAUGUAGCCGUUUUGGCCUCCAAAUCGGCGCCUUCAUGGCGGUUCCGACAAGGAUCCUCAUGUAUGCAUUGUUCGUUAUUGCGUGGCCAAUCGCCAAGCUCUUGGAAAUUUCCCUUGGACCGCAUCACGGCAUCGUGUAUCGCCGGGAUGGCAAGUGCAUUCCGUACAACAUCAUACGUGAGACUGGAAAACUGAAGGAGCUAAUUAACAUGCAUGCUGUUGUGGGUCACCAUGGUGGUGAUUUGCAGUCGGACACGGUAACCAUCGUAGGGGGUGCUCUUGACUUCCAAGUUAAGACUGUCCAUGAUGCUAUGACGCCGAUCGAUGAUGUCUUAAUGUUGUCAAUCGAUGCGAAGCUGGAUUAUGAAACCUUGGCCAAGGUUGUUCGGAGUGGUCAUUCUCGUGUUCCUGUUUAUGAACCGUUUACGGAGAACAACGGGACUGUGACGAAAACCAUUAUUGGUGUCUUGCUUGUCAAGCAAUGCAUUCUCUUAGAUCCUGAAGAUGCCACCCCACUCCGUGAUAUUCCUUUGAACUCUGUGCCUACUGUUCCUUUCGAUGAACCACUUCUUCACACUCUCGAUCGUUUUCAACAGGGUAAAUCACACAUGGCUGUGGUAUCGCGUAUCCCAACCAGGACUGAAUCUAAGGCGAAACCGGGCAGUGUCAACGAUGAGGCGAAGGUCGGCUUGACCCGGCGUUUCCUCAAUCGCGUAGGAUUUGGUGACGAUUCAAGUAAUGGCAGCAGCGAUAGUGACACCGAAGGUGAUGAAAAGUCCAAAGGUAGUGUGAAGCGCCGUGCUAAGGGAGGAGGGAAAAAGGGACGUAAAGAGUUGGUUAAUGCUGAAAAGCCGAAACAGAUCCCAUCGCCAUGGCUGUACUGGAACAACUCGGUUGCUCUUGAGCAGACGAUGCCUUCCGACGCUAUUCUCGAUGACGAGAACGCCACCAAGGUAUCUCGUCGUCUGGCUCCUAUGCAUGUAGCCGCUUUGUCUAAUCGCUUCAUUGCAGUUUUUGGAAGGACUUCAACGAUCGCCUCUUGGUAUCAUCACCCUUGA